AUGAGCAGUUUUGCAAAGGAAAGUGGUGAUAAGGCCACCUCUCUUCGGAUACUAUCUUCCAUUUUCUUCAUAUACGGACUAUACACCGCUGGUUAUCAAGUGGAUUUCAUGCCUGAUCAAGCAAGCCAUGAUGGCCAAUUGCCGUUGAUGAAGUUACCAAGUGCUGAUAAGUCACAUUAUCAAAAACCUGCAUACCUUAGAACCUCUGAAUCCCUGAUAGCUGAGACAGCGAACAAAACCUUAAGUUUAAGAAUUAUGAAGCAUACUGUGAAUAGUUAUUUUUUGAAGGGUCAUGGAGUUGUGAUCUGGACUACUUUGUAUAGCUCGAAGCACGAGGUUGAGCUACAUGACAUGGCCAAGUUGGUUGUAGAAUUUGUCAAAGAAUCCAAAGGAAAACCACGACCAGUCUUUCAAAUGGGAACGAUUGAGUACCUGGAUAUUGGUCGCAAAUAUGAUUUCACCAUCUUGAUACCGUAUCAUGAAUCUCCGGAGGUGAUGAUUUCGGAACAUUGA